CGGCUCAAAACCUUUAAGCCUUCAUAUUUCUUGCACCAGAAGAAAUAAAAGAAAUAAAAACGAGACCCUAGCGAAGCGAGGCUCAGUUUCACCCCUUCUCUCCACCUUAACCAUGGCUUUGAGUCGCGACUGGAUGUACGAGAACAACGGAGGCACUUGCGUUGCGAUCGCGGGAGCGGACUACUGUGUGGUGGCCGCCGACACGAGGCUGUCGAUCGGAUACAGCAUCUACACCAGGGACUAUUCCAAGAUCUGCAACCUGGCGGAGAAAUGUGUAUUGGCAUCUUCUGGAUUCCAGGGUGAUAUAAAAGCUUUGCAAAAAAACUUAGCUGCUAGGCACUUGAUCUAUCAGCAUCAACACAACAAACAAAUGAGUUGCCCUGCAAUGGCUCAACUCCUCUCAAAUACCCUUUAUUUCAAACGUUUCUUUCCAUAUUAUGCUUUCAAUGUUCUAGGGGGACUUGACAAUGAAGGGAAGGGCUGUGUGUUCACAUAUGAUGCUGUUGGGUCCUAUGAGAGGGUCGGGUACAGCGCCCAAGGCUCUGGGUCAACACUCGUCAUGCCUAUUUUGGACAACCAACUUAAAACCCCCAGUCCUCUCUUAUUGCCUGCUAGGGAUGCUGUGACACCACUAUCGGAAGCUGAUGCAGUUGAUAUGGUAAAAGAUGUUUUUGCAUCUGCAACUGAAAGAGAUAUAUACACUGGAGACAAACUAGAAAUAGUCAUUCUCAAUGCAUCUGGUGUACGGCGUGAAUUUAUAGAUCUCAGGAAAGACUAAUUUCACAUAAUUGUGGGCCACUGCUGUGACCCUGCUGGUGGAGCUGGGGAAGGUCUUUCCAAGGUCAUUGUCAUGGUGGAGCCGUGCUCCUUCCAUGGUGAUUGCCCGUAUUUAGCCUUUAUUAUCCCUCAAAACUCUCUCGGACCAACUAAUGUUAUGCAUGUUUAUAUGAACAUGGCCGGAAUUCAGUCUUUUGUAUUGGCAUUUUAUCAACUUUUAACCCUUCCUUUUUUCCUUCCUGCAUGGCCUGCCUUCAGGAUUUUGUAUUUAAAGGUUCAUCUAUAGCAUCACAGAGCUUCCAAUUCAUUCUCAAAGGAA